AGUCAUACCCUUGGGUGUGUGGAGUGGUCCACACAUAUUCUCUCCCUUCUCUUUCACCUUUAUUGCUAAAUUUCACAUUAUUAAUCUACUCAUAUUCUUGUGCUCCUCACUCUAGUUUUCCUCAACUUGUUUCUUUCCUCCCCCUCAAAGAGAUGGAAAAUAGCAAAUGGGAAGGGAAGAGAAACAAGGAAGAGGAGGAUGACGAGGAAGAUGAAAAUGCUGUAGGGGAUACCAAAAAGAAGAGGGUCUUGACUCGCUCCGGAAGGAAGGUAUCCAUGGGAGAGGGGUCAAGGCAGCCUUCCUGUCAAGUUGAGGACUGCACUGCAGAUAUGGUGAAUGCUAAGACAUACCAUCGCCGCCACAAGGUCUGUGAAUUUCAUGCAAAGGCUCCAGCAGUACUUAUUGAUGGACUCCGACAGCGUUUCUGUCAGCAAUGCAGCAGAUUUCAUCAGUUGGCGGAGUUUGAUGAUGCAAAAAAGAGUUGCAGGAGACGGUUGGCAGGCCACAACGAACGCCGCCGUAAAAGUGCACAUGAUCCUCCAGGAGAAGGGUCAAGUUGAACGGGCACCUACUAGUGGACUGAUGGGGACAGAAGCUCCCUCUGAAACACAUAAGAGUUUUAUCACGCUCUCUCUCUUCUGUCAUUUGCCAUAUUUCCUUUUUAACAAAAAAUGUUAUCUUCAGGUAUGCAUAAAGUAGUAAUUCAUUUCAUUUGAAAUGAAAAUAGUAUGAAAGAAUGUGUCAUUAACUUUUGUCUGUUGGUACUUCGAUAGUUUGUAGACCGAAAAUAAAGCUAUCCUGUGUUUCA